UGAAGGGCUGGCAAAACUUGACUUGACCGUAAAUUUCAUUGGGGAGCUGAGCAGCAUUAAAUCCCUGCAGCACAACAUCCACCUGAAGGAGCUCUUUCUCAUGGGGAACCCAUGUGCUGACUUUGAUGGCUACAGGCAGUUUGUGGUGGUGACUCUACAGCAGCUAAAGUGGUUGGAUGGUAAAGAAAUAGAGCGUUCAGAAAGGAUUCAGGCAUUGCAGAACUAUCCAGCAGUUGAACAGCAAAUAAGAGAGCAGGAAAAAGCAUACUGCCUCAGAAGAGCUAGAGAGAAAGCAGAAGCUCAGAGGAAACUUGAAGAAGAGCAUGAAAAUGAAAAGAGAAGCAGCCCAGGCUUCAAUGGGCGUUGGUACACAGACAUCUACCCUGCUCUGUCAUUUUCUACUGAGAGCAAAAACCACCUCCAGGCACCAGAAAUACAAGCAGAACACAAAACAGACAAAUUAGAUGCAUGUGAUGAUGACCUGGCUUUCUGGAACAAGCCCUCUUUGUUUACUCCUGAAUCUAGAUUGGAAACUCUCAGACAUGUGGAAAAACAAAGGAAAGCCGAAGAAAAAUUAAGUGAAAAAAAGAAGAAUGUGAGGCCACCCCGGACUUUGGUCACUGAACAUGGAAAGGCCCUAAAUGUCAAUGAGCCCAAACUUGACUUCUCUUUGAAAGAUGAUGAAAAACGUAACCAGCUCGUCCUGGACCUGGCUGUCUACAGGUAUAUGGACACCUCUUUGAUCGAGGUUGACGUGCAGCCAACUUAUGUCCGAGUAAUGGUCAAAGGAAAGCCAUUUCAGCUUGUCCUUCCAGCAGAAGUCCGCCCUGACAGUAGCUCCGCUAAAAGGUCUCAGACAACGGGGCAUCUGGUGAUCUGUAUGCCCAAGGUAGAAGAAGUGAUCACAGUUGGUGGACGAGCAUCCAAGUCUGUGAAAACCUCAUUGGAUAACAGCAGAGAGCAAACACAUAAAAGAGGCAAGCAAAUUGAGAAACUAGAAGUGGAUCCAAGCAAACAUUCAUGUCCUGAUGUAACUACAAUAGUUCGAGAGAAAAAACAUGCACCCAGAAGGCUGGGAUGUGAACCUAAAAUUGUAUCUAAUGAGGAAGAUCCAGACUUUGAAGAUAACCCUGAGGUGCCCCCACUGAUUUGAAACCCCAGCUGGGUUAUCAUUG